UCAUUGUUUAAGUUUAGAAAUAUAGUCAUAAUACAUUUGUUAAGUAUGUGAAUAAUUUAAUACAAAUCAUAUAGUGUACUGCUUGGCUGAGCUCUAUUUCAUAAAUAUUUAUAUUAUGACAUGCAUGUUGUGUUACCGGCUCCACGUGGUUUUGUACAGCUGUCGACUCUGAUGGCAUUUGUAUGUGAACAAAAUAAUAAGUUUUGGCUAUUUUAAUGUAUUAAUGUAAAUGUAUUGGUGGAGAUAAAAUCAAAUCUCAUAUCCGCAUCAGACUUGCGUCUGCUCGAAGGCCCGUCGACAACAUGUGGGCGGUCUGUGUCCCUAUCUUAGGCCGGGUUUAUAGAAAACGCAAGAACGCAGAAACGCAAGAAACGCAACUACGGAAAAAGUCCAACCUUAACUCUUCUACCAGCACGUUUAUAAAAAACGCAAGACACGCAAGAACGCAACGCAGAAGUUGUUGAACUUUCUACUUCUUGCGUUUUCUCCUUGCGUUUCGGCCUUCUAUACUGGUUGCUUUAGUAUGUGGAAACUGAAACUGUCAUGUAAUGCAUAUAGAAGGCUCUGCGAUUGUAAUCGUGACGCUUGUGUUUCUUUAUUUAUGUUUUGGUCUGGCAUUCUUCUAGUGAAUACAGCGCAAUGGAGGAAGCUGAUUAAUUUCUUAUUCAGCUUAUCCAAAAUUUUCCCUGCCUGUACGAUAAGUACAAUAAAGAUUUUAAAAAUAAUCAUGACUUAUUCCUGAAAUUUUAUUUUUUGACGUUGGCGAUGGCCGGCGUCCUUGAGUUUUUUAUAAACGACUGUGAAUUUCUUGCGGUUGUCGCGUCCUGCGUUCUUGCGUUUCUGCGUUCUUGCGUUUUCUAUAAACCCGGCCUUAAUGUAAAUGACAUCACGGAAAAAAUUGCCCUGCCUAUAAUUGCGAUGACCGAAUAUACUGAUUUUUAAUGUAGUCACCAGAGUGGAGUAAAUAUAUGGUGCCAAAAUAAAAUUUUUAUUCAUUGUUUCUUUUAUUGUUUUCAUACAUUGUGAGUACGCAGCUAAGAUUUGAAUAUUAAUUUAACUUAUGAAAGCUAGAGGAGUUCAACGAAAUUUAAUUAUUCGGUUAGCCACAAAUGAAUGCUAAUAAAUCAAUUCUAAUCACACUGUCAAAAAUCAAUUAGUGUAUAUUAUGAUAUUGUAGUUUUUGAUGAUAAUAUUUCUAUUUUGCAGAAACCGAGGAGAGACUACCUUUAAGAUUUCUUUUUAAGAGCACAUUUUUGAAUUGGAAACCUCAAAUAUUGUGAGAUUUCUUUUUAUUCUACGCUACCAAAGGACACAGAUAGGGACCAAAAGUUGACCAAUGUUUUAGAACCGGUCCACACCACCCAUGACGUUGGAGAAUCAUGUAGACCAAUCAAAAAUGUGUCCUGGCAAAAUUUCAGGGUGGGAGAUAGCGGAAGAAGCAGCUAUGGAAUCCAACUUCGAGGAGGUUUUGAAGGAGCUGGGCCAGUUUGGGAGGUUCCAGCUGUACAACUACGUGCUCAUUGCACUGCCCAUCACAUUUUCCGCCUUCUUCGACCUGAGCUAUGUGUUCACUGCAGGCGACGUGGACUACAGAUGCUUGGUAGCGGAGUGUGAUGGCAGCCCUCCACGUUACCGCUCUGACUGGUUCGACACAGCCGUCCCGCUGGAUGGCACCAAGCUCUCCAGGUGCAAGCGGUUUGCUCCGCUCAACUGGACACUGCACCAAAACGAAACUGCGACUUGUGAAUUGGGGAACACCACGGUGGAGUGCGACAGCUGGGUUUACGAUGAAACUGAGUCGACUGUUGCAAGCGAGUUCCAGCUGACAUGCGACAUAGAGUGGAAGAGGAAUUUCGUCGGCACUGUCAACAACAUUGGCCAGUUCGUGGGUCUGCCCAUCACGGGUAUUCUUUCAGACAGGAUUGGUCGCAAGACAGCCCUAGUGGUUGCCCUGUGCCUCACUUGCAUGAUGGGGGUCGUGCGCUCGUUUGCGUGGAGCUACGAGUCCUUUGCUGUGUUUGAGUCUCUGGACCCGCUUGUCAGUGCAGGGGUCUACUCCACCAGCUUUGUCCUUGGCAUGGAACUGGUGGGGCCAGACAAGCGGGUCUUGGCCGGGACCGUCAUCAGUGUGUUCUACGCAGUGGGUGAGGCCCUGCUCGGAGCCCUCGCCAUGUGGCUCCGCAGCUGGAGGUUGCUGCUCAGGACCACCUACCUGCCUGCCCUCGUCUUCAUCUCUUACAUCUGGCUGAUCCCAGAGUCGGUGCGCUGGCUCGUCUCCAAGGGGAAGCUGCACAAGGCCGAGGAGAUCCUCCGCCACGCGGCCAAGAAGAAUGGCGUCGCCCUGGGAGACAACGUCCUCCAUAAGAUUGAACUCGUGUCCCUCAACAAAGAGGAUGUUGAGGAGCAGCUCCCCAAGGAGGAAGGCUCUGUGGGUCUGGUGCGAGGCAUCCUCACAUCCAGGGUACUGCUGUUACGUUUCAUCACCUGCUGCUUUUGCUGGUUGGCGAGCGCGUUUGUUUUCUUCGGCUUGACCCUUAACUCCGUGGUGGUGGCGGGGGACAAAUAUGUGAACUUCAUGAUGGUGGGCUUGAUAGAAGUGCCGGCGUACGUUGUCAUCUACUUCACGAUGGACCGCUUCCGCCGCAGAUAUUACCAGGCUGCCUGCCUCGCACUCUGUUGCGCUAGUCUGCUGGUCUUUUCCUUCGCACCCAUCGGGCUGGAGUGGUUUCGCCUAGUGCUGUUCUUCCUGUCGAAGAUGGUCAUCACUGUCUCAUACACUGCGCUGUACGUGUACACGGCAGAGAUGUUCCCCACGCCCAUCAGACACUCCGUGAUCACGGUGUCGUGCAUGCUGAGCCGCCUGGGAACCAUGGUGGCGCCUCUCACCCCGCUGCUGAUGAAGUAUGGCGAAAGCAUACCACUGCUGUUAUUUGCGGGAAUGUCACUUUUUGCGGCAAUUUUGGCCCUGUUUUUCCCCGAGACGCUCGGCCGCAACCUGCCCGACACUGUGGAGGAGGCUGAGAACGUGGGCAAGACUCGCUCUUGACCCCACCUGCCUUUGGCUCCCGCAUCUUUACUUGUACUCGCGAUACAAGAUUUGCCAUUUUCAGUAUCCUCAUUGGAGGACAGAUUAAUUUUUUUAUUUUUUUGGUCCAAGCAUUUUUUUACAAUGAGUAAUAGGCUAUUAGAUAUUUAUUUGGAUUUGAGAGAAACAACACUGUUAAUUAUUUAAGUAAUGUGAGUCUUAUCUGUGCCAUUCAGGUUUGAUUUUGAUCUGAUUAAGUUAUAAUUUUUUUAUAUAUAUUUUUUAAUUUUUUUUUUAUGACUUUACAAAAAGAAUUGAGGUCGGUCUCUGAAGUAGAAGAAAUAUUUGUUACUGAAAUUCAAAAUGUGUGUAGCAUAUUAAUUUUUAACAUUAGCCAUACUAACUCUAUUAACACUAGAUGUUCUGAUAAAGAAUGCACCUCUCUCUUAUUUUUUGUGUGACUAUGCUCUCUUCUGCUGCACUGCUUUUAGCUAUCUAUCACUGUUAGAAUCUCCUAUGCUGUUGGUCCUCGAUUUACGUUUCCAAUUUACUUACAUUUUAAGAUACUGAUUUUAGAAUUGAAUGUUGUUUUUCAUACAUUUUUAUGGUUUCAGUAAUACAGUGUCUUCCAGAAUGAUAUUCCUAGCUUUGAUGGUGCAUAAGUCAAAAUUGGGGAUAGAUAGAAAGGUGCAGUGCACUAUAAUGUUCACACACACAUAAAGUUUUGUUAUAUACUACAGUUACAACAAAUCUCUCUUAAAUAUUUUUUUUUUUGUUUGUACAGUUGAGGCAUAUAUUAAAAUGGCCACUCCCAGGAGUGGAACAGUGUAUGGGAUGGUGGAUAGAGACCAAAUCUGCCACCAGGUCCAGCUAAACUUCUGGUCACGUUACAGACCCACACCCCAUCACGUUUGUCAGGAAGCCUGGGUCCUCAUUGAUGCGAUCCAGAAUCUCAGUUGCAAAAUCUUUGUGCUUUGGCCUGUUGCACCCGUCCCACCUGUGCCUCACUUGUGCUCAGACAUCCAGAACUCGUUCUCUUCAUGAAACUUCCGGUUUCCUCGAACCUUGUGUACCCCUACGCAGACCUGCCAACUCUCACGAUUUUGGAGUGAGGCUCACGAUUUUUAGGUCCAUCUCACGCCCUCACGCCAAAAUAGUGUUUCCUCACGAUUUUUUGGGGCCCCAAGAUUUUGUUUGUAAAAGUUACAAAACAAGUUUUACGAAAGCUUACAGUAACGAGUUGCCAUCAAUACUCGAGUCACGUAAAGGAAGCAAUUUUGCGUUUUGUAGCGUGCGCCAUGCUGAUUUUUCUAUCUCGCAUAGUGGAAGAGGAGACAUUGUGAAACAUGUCACUACAAAAAAACACAACUAACACGUGAAGUGUAUUGCUUCCAAUAAAAAAAAUUAAUUUUGCUGUGAACAGUGAUAAUAAUGUUACACGAGCAGAUUGUUAUUUUACAUCUUUUUUAGUUGCGGCCCGCAUGAUCACACGACAGCGCUAAAUUAUGUUCAACUAAAUUAAAUCUGCAACCUAUAAUUUGUUGAAAUAAAUUUUGAAGCAGAGACCAUGUAACAUAUGUACAGGUAUGUCACUUAAAUUUAAAGAUUCUCAUUUGUUGUUUUUUAUAUCUAACCUGUAUUUAUGGGCCUGAAAAUUUUUAUCGAGGACCUCAUGAUUUUUUAAAUUUGAAUGUUGGCAGGUCUGCCCUACGGGAUGGUCGUACGUGAUAGGAGUGCAUCUGUAACGUGUCCGGAAUUUUUGCUGGACCUGGAUGAAAGAAAUAAAAUCAAUAAAUAAAACCAAUACAUGUUAGAUGCUAUACUUGCGUUUAGUCUAACCUUUUUAGUUUUAUUAUCAACACCGUAAGUUUAACAUUUCUGCGACCCAUCUUCUUAGAUCACAGUAUUCCCUUUGUGCAUAGGUUAACUUUGAGAUUUAAGUGAUAACCAUGAAUUUUAAUGGUGUAUAAAUGAAGAUAAAGGUGUUUUUCAAGUCCCCUAGACUCUUUAAUAAGAUCCUGUACUGGGAGUUUCAUUCUAAAAAUUAUUCUGUAAAAGCACAUUUUAGUCAUUUUCACACUAAUAAAAAUACAGUUUAAAAAUCAAAUCUGGAAACAAAAGUGCUAUUUCCAUCUCAUUGUGUUUUAAAAUGCUUUUUUUUUUUUUAAACUGACAUCACUUGGAUAUCUUGCCCUUUGGAGUAAUUCAGUUUUUAGAAUUUUUUUUCCAUUCUUGGUCUGAGCUAAUUAAGAAUGUUGUACAAAUUUUAUAGGAACCCUUCAAUAUAGAAGAAACAAUUAAUAAGAAAAUCACUUAAGAAAUGUCAGUGUAUUUCUGCUGCUUCUUAGCCAUUCAUUGAUAAGUGGGCAUGUAAUGAAACCUAACUGUGAUUGUAGUUAACUAUCAAUGUAAAUUGCCUCUGGGCCUCUCUUUUACCAAAAUAAUUUCUGUAUGAGUAUUAUUUCCACCUUUUUUUAUAAUUCCCUAUGAGUAUUAUUUCCACCUUUUUUUAACUGGCAUAUGAAAAUCAAUGUAGCUUAUUGAUCAUGAUUGUAAGGUUAGUAUGUGUAUGUGUAUUUAAGUGUGUGCAAUGCUGUUAUUAGUUACUUUUACUAACUAAAAUAUUGUAGUCUUGUGAAGAAGAGCUACAUUACAUAUUACUAAAAGAGUUAGAAUUGCCUAAUUUUUUCUUAGCCAUUGUCAUGUCAAUUACAUGUAUAAAGAAUUAUGAAUAUUUAUUUCUUAAUGCAAAGUAUGAAAUAGCUUGUCAAAACAAAAUCAUGUGCAACUAAUCCAUAUCUGGGAACAUAAGUCAAUUUUCUCUUCUGGAGAACGGUUAUUAUGUAUUAAUCACAUUAAAAAUAAUGUUUGUGUUUUUUAGGUCAUGUAUUUUGUCACAUUUUUUUUUAUCUGUUUUGCACUUUUUUUUUCUUUGUUUUUUAAAAAGUCUAUGAUGGAUAUUGGUAAACUUUGAUAACAUUUUGUACUCUUUAUUUUUAUCAAGUAUGUUUGCUUCACUCCAAAAUUUUUCCAUUUCUUGCCCAAGAUUUUCCCAAGUAUCUGCAUACUAGUAGAUUUUAACAAAUGUUUUUAUUUUUGGUUGCUGUUGUAAGUUUCUUUUGUGUACGUACUAGCUUAGAGAUACAAUUAUUAUUGUUAUUAAUUACAUCCUUAAACAUUUUGUUUUAUUUUUGCUGUUCAAAGAAAGUAAUUAAGAAAUUUGGGUGGCUCAAAUAAUUCCAUCUGUACAUCCUUCAAAAGUAUGCAAAACUUUGUCUUUUGGUUUACGGGCAGAUAAAAUUGAAAUCUCCAAAAUUAUUUGAAGGUAUUGUAUGUCAAUUUUCGUAUCUUGAAUGGAUUUUAAGAUUUUUUCAUUUAACUGAAAAUUUUUUUUCUUUAAUUGUUAUAAACACAUUUUAGGGUUUUGUGUUUGAAACAAAUGUGUAUCAAAAUACAGAAGUGUACUGAAAAGGCUAAUAACCUUGGAAACAUAAAUAAAUAGAGAAAAUAUAAUUGAGGAUAGUGAGAUAAGUGCUUAAUAGGCCCUGUGUGAAUACAGUGUUUUAUCGCAUAAUUGUCGCACAUUUUAUACUAAAAUCAAGUUUGAAAAGUAGGGGGGCCACGUUUAUGCGAGAAAAGAAUUUUUUGUUAGGUAAAGUUAUUCAUAAAAAGCUAAACCUAUUCAAGGAAAUUAUGUUCACUUAAAAAGUAGAGUAUACAAAAGCACGCCAAACAAUUGAAAUUAAUAAGUCAUGCAACAAAAACAUUUUGUUCAAUAUUAAAUACAAAAACCAAAACUGUAACGUUAAUGUGAGUCGAAGCGCAUAACUAUCGUAGUGCACACCACGAGAAAGCGUGGGCUAUCAAAUGUAGUUAACUCGGCACUAGACAGAGUGCGCGCAUUGCAUGCAAUCGAUGAUCUGUCAGUAUUGAUAUUCGACUAAAUGUACACUCUCUAUACGGGAAGCAACAUUACCUAACUUGAAUGAUGCCAACUAGCUCUGGCUACAUUUUUAUAAGUGGUACACAGCGGCGACGAAGGCGAUAGAUAAUAUGAAGGUUAUAACGUUUGGAAAUGUCUUUAAAAGAAAAUUUACACAUCAGACAACUUUGUAUUUCUGUUAAUUAAAUUAUUAAGCUUAAUAUUAGAAUAAAUACGUAAUAGAUUUCAACUUUUAAAUACAUUUUUUUUAUACGAAAAAACUACCUAAAGAGCACGGAAUCUAAAUAAUCAUGCGACUUUUAUGUGAGAAAUUUUUCUCUCCAUAUUUUGAUGUCCUAAAAUAACGGUGCAACGAUUGUGUAAUAAAACACGGUAAUUGAAAUAAUUGGAUUCCGGGGGGCCAGGGGCACCAGAGCCACCCCUGGAAUUAAGAAGCCCCUCACUGAGGUAGCCUGCUUGCACUCGCAAAAGCAUGACUGUGAAACUGGUUUGAUGUCAAAACUAUGUUUUAUGGGAAAAUUUGUAUUAUAAGCUAGGAAAUGUGGUAGUAUUUAUACAGUUUAUGUAUCAGUGGUUGGUAUUUCAAAGUGCCUUUAUGAUAUAGACCUUUAUCAUACACUGGUUCUUUAAUAUUGUAAUUAGAACAACAAACAAAUAUAUCACAAGUAAAUAUAGUAUGUGUAGUUAGAGAACUAUGAUUGUGGGCUUGGAAAUUUUAAGUUACUAUUGAAGCAUUUUUCAAAAUAUUGAAACUAUCAAUAGUUUUAUAGGUCUUUCUUAUAGUGUAAGAUUGAUUGAAGCAUAUAUAUAUUUUAAAAAAAGUUCUAAAAUGCAUUUGGUGAGGGAAGGGAGGGUAUUAAUUUGAAUGUAAGAUAAAUUUUACAAAAUGCAAUAAUAUCUACAUUGGUCUGGAAAUAGCCAAAAUUAGCAACAACAACAAAAAUAGGCUACCUCAAAACCUAGUGUCUGCCUCUAAGAUCUUUCUUAUAUAGAUUAUAAAUUAACAUGAACUGUGAUGUUUUAUUGCCUUUAAAUUAAACUAUGUAUAAAAUGUUUAUUUCUGAGGGGGAAAAACAGUGAAUAUAAUAAAGAAGUAUUGUGAAUGUUAAGACAUUUUUAUAACUACUAAUUGAAUUGGUGGUGUUGAGUUCCUACUUUAUAAGUUUUAUGUUCCUCUGUUCCGUCUUAGUUUUUAAUUAUUUUUGUGAACAAGGAGUACAAACUGUUUCCAUGUGUAAUAUGCAUGGCAACGUGGUCCAUGUUUCCCACUUAGGAAAAUUCCCAGUUCGACCCUAACAGGACCGUCUGGAAGUGAUGCGAGUGAUCUGACCACUGCGGCCCCGCCCUUAGAUUGUGACCACCUGAUGUUAAAUAUGCACCGCAACUUUAUGUAGCAAGCUUUUUUAUGCUUGGGGGGAGGGGGGGGGAGUAUUGAGUUCAUUGAGAGACUGCUUACGUAGUGUCUUUAACAUUAAUCAUUCUGGGAGCAGAUUAAGAAAGUUUCCUGUUCACACUGGGAAGUGUUCAUAUUUCCCCCCCCCCCCCCCCCCCCCCCCCCCCCCCACUCUUCGCUCUUCCUUACCAUCCUCUUCUCCUCGUAUCUUUUUGAGUAAGCAGGCAUGUAUGCUUGGUGCGAACCUCACUCCUCUUGGCCAGUGAGAAGGGGAGUGUAUGAUCCUUCCUUGGCUUUUGAUCAUUCAUUUAUCUUUUUACACUGUUCUGGUUUCUUCAAAACCACUUGGCUUCUGUAAGCAGCUACAGAUGAGUAUAUUCUGUUUCAACCCGGGCAGCUAUAUAGUGCUUCUGAUUUGUAACCUUCUUUGUGAAUACAUAUUUGCAUUGUUAGUCAUGUCCCUUGUUUAGUAAAUUAUUUGCAGUGUGAUGUUUAUUGUACUUUUUUUUCCCCCCUGUUUGCUAGUAGGAAUGAUACAUCUUUAUUUAAAUCUGGCAAAGGUAAAAAUUAUUUAGUGAAAUAUCAUUUUUGUGAGAAUUUUAUAAUAAAGCAUUGUUUUAAAUAAAUUGUAAUGCAUAUUUGUUGCCUAAAAGUAAUGUUACAAUUUAUUUGUAGUGUAUUUACCAGGUUGGUUUUAUUUUACUGUUUUGAAUAUGGUUUCAGUUUUAUACCACAGUAUGUACAAAUAUGCCUUUUUAUGAGGAAACUCAUUUAUAUUGGAGACAAUCGUUAUCAUUUUUGGCUUCAGAGUACUGUAUUAGGUAGAUUUCAAAGAAAUACUAUGUAUUGUAGCUGUUACCAUGGUGCAACUUCCGGAAAAUUUUUAUAUAUUUUUUAUAUCUUUUGACUUAAAAGCUUGUUUGUGUGUGCAGGUAGGUGUAUCUGGACAUAAUAACUGCCACAAUUUUUCACAAAUCACUUCCAAACUGGUACAUAAAAAUCUAAUAAUUGAAAAUCUCUGUCAAGUUCAUUAAUGGGCAGUAUCCAAAUAAAUGAGUAGACUUUGGAAGAUUUUUGAAAAACAGAAAAAUUUAUGUAGCUCCCAUAAUAUGGAAAAUAUCACAUCUAUUUGAACAUACUAUAACUUGUAGGGGUAAUACCAAAAUCUUUUGUCUAAAUGUAUUUUUAAUACGACCAACCAUAACUACCAGGGGUUGAAAAAACAAGAGUUGGAUCACAAAAAAAAAUUAUAACUCCCUUUGUAAGCAUACCAUCAAAUUUGUUCAGAUUGUUUGUAAAUCUUAUAAUUUUUAUCCAAAAUUUUUGUCUGAAACAAUUUCUGUUUGGAUGAAACAUUGCUGCAAGGAAUUGAAAAAAUUAUGGGUAGAACUAGAAAAAAAACUCAUAACACCCUUAGAGGUACACUAUCAAUAUCCGUUGAAAUUGUUUGUAAUUAUUAUAAUUUUUAUGCUAAAAUUUUUGUCUGAAACAUAUUUUGAUGAUACAAACCGUUACUACAAGGGAUUGAAAAAAUCUGGGGUCGAAAUAAGAAAAUAAAUAAAACUUCUUUACCAUGUACUCUGUUGAAUUAAUGUUUACUUUUGUUUAACUUUUUAAAUAUUGCUGAACUUUUGUCUAAAAUAAAUUUUAUGUAACAGACCAUUAUUGCAAGGGGUGGAAAUAAGGGUAUAAAGACAAAAAAUAUUUAUCAAGAUAUACUAUCAAAUCUGUUAUAAUUUAUUGUAAACCUCCUAAACUUUUCUAAAACCUUUGCUGAAACAAUUUUUGAUGAAACAAACUAUUACCUUAAAAACAGGGUUGAAAUUUAAAAAAAAUUUCCUUAGUAUCAAAUAUGUUUGAAUUUAUUUUAAACUAUAUUAAUAUUACCUUCUAACCAUUGUACAGAAAAUUUUAUACGACCAUAUAUUAGUGCAAGGGAUGAAGAAUAGUGUUUACCAAAACAUUUCCAGAAAAAUAUGUGUACUUUGAAAUCUACCUAUGCCUGGUCGCUGUGCCGAAAGGGAUUUUUUUUCUUAUGUUUACUUUUGAAGUUUUAUAAUGUGAGUCAAAUGCCAUUAUGAAAAUUUGCUGGUCAUGUUUUCUUACCAGGGAAUAUAUUAAUUUGUGAAAAUGUUUGAAGAUUUCUAUGGUGUUUUGGAUAUUUAUACUUAACUUUGAAAAACAGUGUAAAAAAUGUUACAACACAUUUUUGAUAAUACAUUUUUUUGCAAUUA